UGGGGCGCUGGAGGCAAAGCAUGAUUCAGAGCCUGAGAGCCCAAGUCUGUGUUAGGAGAUUUCUUCCCAGCUACCUCUGGACUCAAAACCAGUCCUACACAGGAGGGAGCGAUGAACACAAGCUCUAGAAAAUUUCACAAGGUCCUCCUUUGACAUGUCAAAGAGGAACGAAAGAGAGCUCCAUCUGCCCUCCGGGACUCCAGCUAUGACCUUCCUCUCCACAAGCGCCUUCAGUCCACUCGCCUUCUCCCUGGGGCUGCUCCUGGUGGUGGCUACUGCUUUCCCUACCCCGGGACCCCUGGGAGGAGAUGCCACCUCAAAUAGACUACCACUCACCUCUGCAGACAAAAUGGAAGAACUCAUUAAGUACAUCCUCGGCAAAAUCUCUGCACUGAAAAAGGAGAUGUGUGACAACUAUAACAAAUGUGAGGACAGCAAGGAGGCACUGGCAGAAAACAACCUAAAUCUUCCGAAACUGGCAGAAAAAGAUGGAUGCUUCCAAUCUGGGUUCAAUCAGGAGACCUGCCUGACAAGAAUCACUACUGGUCUUCAGGAGUUUCAGAUAUACCUGAAAUUCCUCCAGGACAAGUAUGAGGGUGAUAAGGAAAAUGCCAAGUCUGUGUACACCAGUACUAACGUCCUGCUCCAGAUGCUGAAGCGUAAGGGAAAGAAUCAGGAUGAGGUAACCAUCCCUGUCCCAACCGUAGAAGUUGGCCUGCAGGCUAAGCUGCAGUCACAGGAAGAGUGGCUGAGGCACACAACAAUUCAUCUCACCCUGCGAAGGCUGGAGGACUUCCUUCAGUUCAGCCUCAGGGCUGUUCGGAUAAUGUAACCUGGGCAUCUAAGAUUGCUGUAGUUCACGGGCAUUCCUUUCUCUGGUCAGAAACCUGUCCACUGGGCAUGUAACUGAUGUUGUUCUCUGUGAAGAACGAAAAGUAUGAGCGUUA